CAGCAAAGCAAGAACUAACAACAUGGCCGUUGUAGAAAUCACAAUCCCAUCAGGCUUUGAACCGGACAUGGAGUCACUGAAUGAAAUCCGCAACCUACAACGAUCUGAAUUGCUGGGCAAGAACUUUGUAUUCUACUUCAGCCACCUUGACAGCGGCGAAACAUGCGUCAGAUUCACCGGCAGAAGGAAUGGUCAGGUUGCUAAGCUGCAGGCGUCUCCCAUCCAUGUAUUUGACUACUAUGAGCCAACACACCAGGCAGUGGCGUUCUACCAACCGAAGACCCUGCAUGAUGCAACUGUUUGUGACAUUUGCGCCAACUGCUGUCAGAAGGUAGUACAGUCACACUAAGCCUCAUCACAUCAUCUUGACUGACAAGCCACGAAAGCCUUGAAAGACUAACCUUAUUUAUAAGCAAAACACUGUGCAG